AUGCAGCAGUCCUCCCACUAUAUAGCCUCGCGCACCGCCCGCCCCUCCACAACUCCAGCCACCAGCCAUGGGGAAGCCCUUUCCUUGCCUGCCUUGCAGAUCACCUUCUAUGAGGAGCGCGGCUUCCAGGGCCGCCACUAUGAGUGCAGCAGUGACCACUCCAACCUGCAGCCCUACUUCAGCCGCUGCAACUCUGUGCGUGUGGACAGCGGCUGCUGGAUGCUGUAUGAGCAGCCCAACUACUCGGGCUGCCAGUACUUCCUGAGGCGCGGGGACUACCCUGACUACCAGCAGUGGAUGGGGCUCAGUGACUCCAUUCGUUCCUGCCGCCUCAUCCCCCACACCGGCUCCCACAGGAUCAGGAUCUACGAACGAGAGGACUUCCGAGGCCAGAUGGUGGAGAUCACUGAGGACUGCUCCUCGCUCCAGGACCGCUUCCACUUCAGCGACAUCCACUCCUUCAACGUGCUCGAGGGCUCCUGGAUCCUCUAUGAGAUGCCCAACUACCGGGGACGCCAGUACCUGUUGAGGCCAGGGGACUACAGGCGCUACCACGACUGGGGGGCCGUGAGUGCCCGGGUGGGCUCUUUGAGGAGAGCUGUGGAUUUCUAUUGAAAUAUUUUCACUCAGCCCUUUUCUCCAUCUGGGUACUAAUAAAAUAUUUCCUG